AAGUUAUUGUUAUGCUAACGAUGUGACAUCAGCACAUCAGGGCUCGGGUGGGAACUGCAAAUGUUGGGGAAAAUAAGAGUACCAGACUUUUACACUUUGUUCUGCAGGGGACCGUUUCAGUCACGUAAGGGAAACUGUCUUUGCAUAUACGCUGUCACGAAGUUAACACGGUAGCAGGACUUGCCGACGGGAUAAGCUACGCUGGUCUCCCACAGCUGGACUGUUAGCAAUCGGGCUAACUGGCCGAUUCCCCGUCUGCUCGGCUGCUGUCGGGACGGGAGAGACAUGUCCUGCAGCUUGUGGGAGUUCUGUCGGCUCCAGGAGCUCAGGACGGUCCGGGACUAUUUGUUCCAGAGCCAGAAACCCGAGCCGGCGGAGGAGAACAAUGAAGCAGAUAAUCAGCUGUCUUGGGACACGUCUGACUGGGAGUCGGCCUGGGAUGGUGGCGACAACAAAGAGGAGGAAACCACAUCUACCACAACGGUGGAGGAAGAGACCAUAGGGCAGACCGGACCCUGGCUGCAGGACUGUGUCGUGGCCCUUUCACCCUGCUCCGAUCUGCUAGUGGUGGCCCGUGAACAGAAGGCUGUCUUUCUCUCAGCAAAGUGGCACACUGAUGACAGUGGCAGGGAGGAGAUGACUCUGGAUGUGGCUUGGACUGGAAUUCUCUGUACUGAAGAAGGAGAGUGUGUGAGCAGCUGCGUCUGUAUCCCUCUGGCAAGCCAGAAGAGGAGCUCCACGGGGCGGCCUGACUGGACUUGUGUAGUAGUUGGAUUCACCUCUGGCUAUGUUCGCUUCUACACAGAGAAUGGGGUUCUGCUCCUGGCCCAGCUGCUGCACGAGGACCCCGCACUGAGACUCAAGUGUCGCACAUACGAGAUUCCUCGUCAUCCUGGAGUUUCUGAGCAGCAUGAGGAGUUGAGCAUCCUCUACCCUGCUGCCCUGGUCACCAUCGAUGGCUUCAGCCUCUUUCAGUCCCUGCGUGCCUGCAGGAACCAGGUGGCGAGAGCCGCAGCAGCAGGUAGUGAUGUGAUCCAGCCUCCUCCCCUGACCUAUAAGAAGUGGGGUCUGCAGGAGAUGGACACCGUCGUGGACCACAGUAGUGUGGGAAUUAUGACGCUGUGUGUGUUCGACCAGAUGAAGAAUGCAUCUAUCCUGGGGGGAUUUAAUGCUUCCGUCAAGGGCAACCCCCCUGCCAUGAGCCAGUAUGUCGCUGUGGGAGGCGGGCCUUACACAGGCUUUUACUAUGCUGUAGAGGGAAGCUCCCAGCCUCUUCUCUCUCAUGUGGCUAUGGCUGUGGCCAGUAAACUCACCUCAGCCCUCUUCAAUGCUGCCAGUGGGUGGCUUGGUUGGAACAAGAACAAGAAUGAAGAAGACGCUGCUCAGAAACAGAAGCCCAAGGUGGAACCUGCAACGCCCUUAGGAAUCAGAUUUGGUCUCCCAGACUCUCGUCGCCACGGAGAGUCCAUCUGCCUGUCCCCCUGCAACACACUGGCCGGAGUGACUGAUGACUUUGGCCGAGUCACACUGCUGGACCUGGCCAGGGGCAUCGCAAUCCGCAUGUGGAAAGGUUACCGAGACGCCCAGCUGGGAUGGCUGCAGGUGCCAGAGGAGCGAGGUGACCGGGAGUUCUCCCCUUCUGCUUCCCUCCCCAGACGUCACGCUCUGUUCCUUGUCAUCUACGCUCCCCGCAGGGGGAUUCUGGAGGUUUGGGCAAUGCAGCAGGGGCCUCGAGUCGGAGCCUUCACUGUGGGUAAACACUGCAGGUUGCUGUAUGCUGGCUACCGUCUGAUGGGCGUGAACAGUGUGACCAGUCAGGGCUGGCAGCUCCACACGCAGCAGGUGUGUCUGCUGGAUCCCAUCACAGGAGCACUGAGGACUGUGAACAUCCCCUUUCACCUGGCCCUUAGCGACAAGAAGAGCGAGCGAGCCAAAGAUAUGCACCUGUUGAAGAGACUGACAACUAUACUGAGGAGCAGAGAGGUGGAGCCUGAUAUUUUGGAGAACGAAGCCAAAAUUGUGCUGCUGGAUAUCAAACACCCUGCCAUCAAAAAGCAGGCUCUUGAGUCUCUGCUGUCAAAUAAGAAUGUCCUUGUCUCGUGUCUUACUAACAUCACAAGCACCUUAUAUGACACUCUGAAGCAACAAGACCCCGAGGACGUGGACGCAGCUUUACUCCAGCUCUGCUCUUUACAGCUGAAACUGCUUCAGCUUUACACUGACAUCCAGCAGCUGCACUCUGCUGCAGACGCAGAGGCCUGCUCUGACAAUCAGGACUCCCUAGAAGGCAUGAUUGAUGAACUGUCCCGCGUUGGUCCCAUCUUGCAACGCUACGCUCAGCUCACCUCGAGGCCCAGUGUUAGUUUUGCGCAGGACUCACCUGACUCGCCCAUGACUGCCCAAGCAUUCCUCUCCCAGAUGGAGUGCACGGAGGGCGGGGAGUUGAAGGUGAUCCGCGGGGCUGAAACCGAAUGGAAUCAUUUAGGGAACUUUCUGUUCUGGGGUUCCCUGUGUGGAAAAAGCCCACUCCAUAAAGUCUGUGACACACUGCAGCAGGCUGGUAUCAGUCCACAGCAGCUACUGUCUUUGCUGCUGAGCGUGUGGUUGCAAAGGGAGAAGGAGGUGCUGCAGAAAUCAGAGGAAACUGUCAGAAACCUACAUACACUACUCAGCGCCCUCAGCAACAUGAAAGGUGCAGUUGAGGAGUCGUGGGACUCCCAGUCUGUCUCCCCCUGGUGGCAGCAAGUCCGCUCCACAUGUAUUCAGUCCCACAAUGCUGCCGCUGCUCUGCUGGCUGCCUUUGUUGCUCACCGUGCUGCAAAGGCUAGCAUCACCAGCCAUGCAGACAGCAAGCUGCAUUCAGAGUGGGAGGCGGUGUCCCUGGAGCUGGAGCAGUGGGUGGUGUGUGUUCGCCAGCUGGAGGACGUGCUGGUGCUGCAGACUCUGCUGCUGGUGCCUCCUCCCCAGGGAGCAGCGGCGGGCACUGCAGCACAGUGCUCCAUCAAGACACUGCUGGAGGGAGGCACAGGCGGCAUUGCCGACAAUGUCGCCAAGUGGGUGUUCAGGCAAAACUUGGCCCCUCAGCGACUGAAGGAGAUUCUCCAGGAGACAGAAGACAAAGAUAAAGAUGUGGAACUGGGGCAGACGUCAGGAGAAGAAGGAAAUGAUGAGAAGGAGCAGAGACCGGAGGACACGGACCGGACAGCAGAGCUGCUGUUGGCCGUGUGCCAGCGGUUCCCCCACUCCCUCUCACCCGACCUGCUCUUCGCCCACUGCUGCUGGGAAUAUGUCGUGCAGUGGAACAAAGACCCUGAGGAGAGUCGAUGUUUGUGCUCGGCUGUGGAACAUUUGAAGUUUAUCUCCAGUCCGCACAUUCAACUUGGUAUUUCUGCGAUGAUGUGGAGUACGUUCAUUGUGAAGCGAUUCUCCGCGGCGGCCUUCCUCAUGGAGAAGGUGGGGAAAGCACCCAAAGAUCGUUUAUGUCGACGGGACGUCGGGAUGGGAGACAAAGCCGUGACCUCUUUCCUGGGCUGCUGCGCUCAGCUGCUGCAGAUCCUCAUGGAGGCCGACUCGGCAGUGGAGGAGGUGUCCCCUCCGGAACUGUCCAUAGAGGAGGCAUGGUGUGGAGCAGAAGGCCCCGCCUCCAUAGCCGAGCUGGCACUGGAGCAGAGGGGCGUACACUACCCCCUUGUCCAACACCACUGUCUGUUAGCUUCCCUGCUAAACGCUGCUAUGACCUUCAGUGUGAAGGUCAAACCACUCAGCCUGUUCGACAGCAAGGGUAAGAACGCCUUCUUCAGAGAUCUGACGACAAUCCAGCUGAUGCCCAGUGGAGACAUGGACCCAGGCCUGGUCUCACUACGACAAGAGUUCCUCCUGCGGGUGCUGACUGGCUGGGUGCAGGCUAUAGAUGAUCCUUCCAGCUCGGCCUCUGGCACCGAGUGCUCCCCUCUACCGCCCGUCGGCCCCAGGGCCGACUGGUGGCCCGCGCUGUGCCUGGAGCUGGGCUCUCUGCUGCAGGUCAACCCCGACAUUCUGCGGCGGCACCUCGUCUGUGAGCUCUACAACCAAGGACUGGACCCCCGGGCGGAAGAAGUGAUGUUGGAAGUGGAAGAUAAGGACGUGCUGGGCUCUCAGCUGUUGGUGCUGACCGGACAGAGACUGAGCUUCUCGCUGCUGCACAGCCAGAGCCAGACGCAGGCUGCCAUGGAACUCCUGGCCCGGCUUCCCCCCACCCUCUGUACAUGGCUCAAGGCUAUGGACCCCAGUGAGCUGCGGUGCCCCCUGGUCCCCCUGUCCCACAGCAGUCGGCUGGUCAGCCGUCUCAUUGAAAUCCUGCCAGAGAACCAUGCACAGUACAGCCUGGCCCUGCACCUGCAGGAGGCCGUGGACGCCUUCACCACCGAGGAUUGACCUGGAGAGGUAGAGGUCAGGAGGUGGAGCAGCCCGUCCAGCCCCACCUCAAACUGACAGAUUGUGGUGAAGCCUACGAGACUGUCAACACAGAGAAAGAAAUCAACAGCCUUCUCACCUCUUUGCUCACCCAGCUUUUGUGUUUUGUCAUUCAACUCAUGUCAAUAUUUGCUUUUAAUUCUGGGAAUCCAUAAUUUCUUUGCGUUUAACAUGAAUUAAAUUGACUACUUGUGUUAUUGAAAAGUGUUGAGGGGAAUCACUUCUGCCUCAUUUUUAAUCCGUUUCACUUCAGAAUCAGGUGUCAGUGCGUGGGUGUCAUCUGUGCCAUAUUAGAGCUCUGUUUCUCCUUCUUUCUCCCCUCUCACAGACAAGAGAUGUAUCAUAAAGAAAUAAGGACCUUUAUUUUUUAUUUAUAUAUAGAGACAGUACUGUACUAGCUGUGCCUGUACACCACCUUGUCUGUAGUCGUACGUCCAGCUGCUCCCACUGGGCUGAUCCAACGCAGAAUAAAGAGAUUUGUGUAAAACUCUGA